AUGUCUCAAUCCAUCAAGUCCGUAUUGAAGAAAAAUCAGGACAGAGUUCGUCUACUCGAGGCCCAUGACCAUGCAACAAAGGAGGCUGUUCGCUUGACAUUCAGCGACAAUGGCGAAUCUUUUGAUGGGAUCUGGCUGAGUGGCCUAACUCAGACAACCUAUCUAGGCAUACCAGAUACAGAACUCAUAUCCCCUCUUCAGCGAGCAACGUAUAUGUCGAGUUCAAACAACAACAUCGAGCAGCAUGGAUCGCGUCCCCUCUGCGCUGCCUUUGAUGCGGAUAGCGGUGGCGAUGUUAAUGACAUUCCUCAACUAGUCGCGUUAUUAUUGUCACUCGGUGUCUCAAUGGUCAUUAUCGAAGACAAGAGCGUGACAGCGCCGGGCAAGGAAGUCAAUUCCCUCGCUGGCGCUUCCCACUCCCAGGGCCAGGCAGACAUGUACGAGUUUGCCAAGGUUCUUCGAGCUUUCAGGGCUGCUGCCGGAGACAGUGAGAUCAUGAUUACUGCACGAAUCGAAAGCUUCACCACUCGCAUGGUGGGGAAGAACGAAGCAAAAGAGCUAGCGUCUGUCAGGCUUGCAGUGGAUAAUGCACUGGCCCGUGCCGAGGUCUACAAGAAGGGCGGAGCAGAUGCUAUCAUGAUCCGUAGCAAAGAGAAAGACCCAAGUGAGGUCUUGUCAUUUCUUGCUCAGUUCAGAUCGCAAGAUGUGAAGACUCCUCUGGUUGUGGUGCCAACCACCUACGGUUCCAUCACAGAUGAGGAGUUGCAUCAGGCUGGAGCAAAUGUUAUCAUCUACGCCAAUCAUUUAAUGAGGGCAAAGAUUACAGCUGGUGAUGCAAUAUCAAGUUUCUUCCUGGCUACUAGAAAGUCGAGCUUCUCUUUUGGAGAUAAAACUUUGGACUUUACCCUACAAUGCCGAAACUUUGGGUAUCUUCUGCAGAAAUUGGAAAAGGCUGAGAAUCUGAGCGAGUCGGCGCAAGAAUACCGCGCCCUUGCAACGAGAUACGUACUGAUGAACGUGAAGAAAGUGACUAAGGCGCUUCUAGAAGCCAUCAAGUCUCCCCUUUGA